CCCAGCUCCGGGUCCACGGGAGGAUUCGAACCCACACACACACUCACACACACCAGCUCCUCACUCGAAACAUGGACGACGUGUUGGCUUUGUCCGGGAUUCGAACAGGUUUCCACGGCUGACGGACAUGAAGAAAGAGGACGCUGUGGAUUAAGAUUUUUUAUCUUUUUUCUUCUGUUUUGGUUUCUGGACUUCAUCCUCCUCACCUCAAUGUGGGCUCUAAAGGACUUCUUCCUCCUCUGCGGUUUGAAAUGAAAUGAUGGCAGCACGUUGGAGUGAUUCACCACCGGCCAAUGAGGAGAGCAAACAACACAAAGCCGUAACUCCGUCUUGCGAGGCCAAGCAGAAGGAUGGGCACGAGCCCAGUGAGGUGUCGGCCACCACUUCUCCCGGGCCGGAGGAGGAGCCUUUCUCCUGGCCGGGCCCGAAGACGCUCAACCUGCGUCGAACCUCCCAGGGGUUCGGCUUCACGCUGCGGCACUUCAUCGUCUACCCACCGGAGUCGGCCGUCCACAACUCCCUGAAGGAUGAGGACAAUGGCAGCCGAGGGAGACAGCGAAACCGUCUGGAGCCAAUGGACACCAUUUUCGUCAAGCAAGUGAAGGAGGGAGGCCCCGCCCACGGAGCUGGACUCUGUACAGGGGAUCGUAUCGUGAAGGUGAAUGGAGAGAGCAUCAUUGGAAAGACGUACUCACAAGUCAUAGCCUUGAUCCAGAACAGCGAGCCCUCACUGGAGCUCUGCGUGAUGCCAAAGGAUGAGGACAUUCUGCAGCUGGCGUACUCCCAGGAUGCAUACCUCAAAGGAAACGAGGCGUACAGCGGAAAUGCGCAGAACAUCCCCGAGCCCCCUCCCAUAUGCUACCCUCGGAUAGAAGUGAAGGCUGCGGGCAUGGCCCAGGCGUCAGAGCCUGCCCCGGUCAGUGAGACCCCUGGAGGGCCAGCUCACGGACCAGGAAGAAGAGGGGGAACCGCUGAACAGAGUCACCGCGUGGAAAUCCCUGUUCCGCCGUCACCCCCACCCCAGCAGACAUCAAAGUCUCAGGCUGUGGUGUCUGUCUGUAAUGACAGUAUGAGGAUAGUAGCCAUGCCUCCUGAUCCAGUUGACAGGGGGCCCUGGGUCGCUCGGGCGGGCCCCAGUCACAGGACAGAGGAAAACCGGUACAGUUCUCCACCAGAUUCUGGAUCAGCUAGACCCAGACCCCUUAUUCCCUCAGUACCCGGGGGUGCACAGCUUCAACGUCCCUCUUCCCAUCCCGUAGAAAGUCCGGUCUACUCCCCGUCCUCAAGUUCUAGACCUGGUGCGAUCCAUGUGGACCCCUUAACCCCACCUGCACGGGCACCUGUCCCUGCUGCAUUGCCCGACACGUUCUCCACUGCUGUCUCACCCAACACCAACCACUACUCGCCCUCUCCCACAGCCUCAUCCACCUCCCCACACCAGAACAUUGACUGGAGAAAUUACACCACCUAUAAGGAUUACAUCGACGCCAAGAGGCUGCACUCGUAUGGCUGCCGCACCAUCCAGGAGCGCUUGGACAGCUUGCGUGCGGCUGCUAAUUCUAAUUCUGCGUACGCCCAACAACGUACGCCUCCCCCUUCUAGCCCCAGCACUAGAGCGCCAUCAGUCUCCCAGGUCAGACAGAGGAGCAUAUCCAGUGAUCGUUGGAUGAAUGCAAAGAGUCCAGGUACUACAGUCACAACUCCAUUACGUAGCGCCUCCCAGGAGAGGCUUGGAGGUGGAACGGAGAAGACGAUACCAAACAGGAACUGGCCUCGGAGCUCUUCCCAAGGCACUCUGCCCUUCUCCUCCCCGACAGAUGUUAUCAAACCUCGGGCACGGUCUUGCGACUAUCUGGGCCAGCAGCCUGCUGAGCCAGGUAGGGUUGACAAGGCAGAGGAAUCCAGGGCCGGCAGGCAGGGAGCAGGCCUGAAAGUUUUACCUCAUCUCAACAGGAGUCUCCCUGGACAGGAGAGCGAAGGGCGAGGAAGUGGAUUAUCUAGCUCACCUUUAGCUGCUCCUGUGUUUACUAAAGGUACAACAGACUCUGUAACACCACCCAGGACAGACGGGGUCAUAAUGAGACCCUCACGUCUGCCUGUAAAAAAUGCCAUCUCAGACUCUUUACCUGCCUUACCCAUCAAAACCACAGACCCUCUUAAAGACCAAAGAGCUGCCAUCAGUGGCAACCAUCUGGGGUACCCUUCUCCUCUGCACCUCCAGCUCAGGUGCAGGGCUGACAGUCUGAAAAUGGAGAAUAGGUUGGAGGCCGGGUUGGCUGCCAGGUCCUCCUCCUGCUCUGGUCCGUCCUCUAAAAUGCCCACGCAGAGACAACUUGGAACUUCCUCUGGUACCUCCACUAGCAACGGAGCUGUGACCCCAAAGCCAAAGGUCAGAGAAACCUGCACAUCCACCAGCUCAUCUGUACGAACUAAUGGCGGUCUUGCAGAGGGAGUAGAAGGACCUGAUGCAACAGUAGUUGUCCUAAGAAGAGACAAGAAAACCGAAUCUCCUCACAUUCGCCCUCCGUCCUAUGUACUAGCUGUAAAUGACUGCGGUGGAGGAGUCACUCAUAGGUCACCACCUUUGGUGAAGGCCGGCUCUGCCGAUGCAAUGUGCUGGAUGUCCAACGACGGCUGUAGGGAGACGCAUUUAAGGAGACUGGGCGACACACGACACACGUCUGGAUCCAAUAACCUUGAUGGCUCCCUGGAUUCAAUCCCUUUUAUAGAUGAACCGUCCAGUCCCAGUCUUGACCUGGACAGCACCAUCCACAUCCCUGCCUCUGCCGUCAUAUCUGCAGCACCCAUCAUCACCACCAUCCCACCCAGCCCCACCUCGCCAUCACCCCUCUUUCGUCGACAGCUUUCACAUGACCAAGAUUCUCUCCGUCUCACAAUUAUUGAGUCCGAUUCUGGAACAAAAACCGAGCGUUCCAAGUCGUACGAUGAAGGUCUGGACAACUACCGGGAAGAAGCCAGAGGGAGGGCUUUAAUACCUGGUCUGAAAGGUCUUCGGAAGGCAGUCGACAGGUCGUCAGAAGAUUCAGGCUCCAGGAGAGAUUCUUCAUCUGAGGUCUUCUGCGACGCCACCAAGGAGGGUUUGCUGCAUUUCAAGCAGCUGAACACAGAUAAGGGAAAGCGUGUUGGUGCGGGGAUGCGCCCGUGGAAGCAGAUGUACGCCGUGUUGAGGGGCAACUACCUCUGCCUGUAUAAAGACAAAAAGGAAGGGCAGGCUCACGCCAACUGCCAAGUGGUGGACGAGGCCCUGCCAAUCAGCAUCAAGGCCUGUCUGAUUGACAUCUCCUACAGCGACACCAAGCGCAAGAACGUGCUGCGGCUGACCACGUCGGACUGCGAGUACCUGUUCCAGGCCGAGGACCGGGAGGACAUGCUGGCCUGGAUCAGGGUCAUACAGGAGAGCAGCAACCUGGAUGAGGAGAACGCCAUCUUCACCAGCCAUGACCUCAUCAGCAGAAAGAUCAAGGAGUACAACACCUUGAUGAGUCCCACAGGCAGCAAGACGGAGCAGUCGCCCAAACCUUCUCGCCAGUCGCUGAGCAUCCGACAGACGCUGCUGGGAGGCAAAGGAGAGACCAAAGCCACAAGUCCUCACUCCCCCAAACCUGAGCAGGAGAGGAAGAACAUGCACAAAGACGACACCAGCCCUCCUAAGGACAAAGGGACAUGGAGGAAAGGAAUCCCGGGGCUGAUGAGGAAACCUUUCGAGAAGAAGCCGUCUCCUGGCGUCACGUUCGGAGUGAGGCUGGACGACUGUCCUCCCGCACAGACAAACAAGUUUGUGCCUCUGAUUGUGGAGGUCUGCUGUAAUCUGGUGGAGGAGAGGGGGCUGGAGUACACUGGCAUCUACAGAGUCCCGGGAAACAACGCGGCGAUCUCCAACAUGCAGGAGGAGCUCAACAACAAGGGCAUGAAUGAUAUCGAUGUCCAGGAUGAUAAAUGGAGGGACCUCAAUGUGAUCAGCAGUUUACUCAAGUCCUUCUUCCGCAAACUUCCAGAGCCCUUGUUCACUAAUGAUAGAUACUCAGACUUCAUAGACGCCAACAGGGUCGAGGGCCCAGUGGAGAGACUCAAAGUGAUCAAGAGGCUGCUUCAUGAGUUACCAGAUCAUCACUACGAGACCCUGAAGUUCCUCUCAGCUCAUCUGAAAUGUGUGGCGGAUCAUUCGGAGAAGAAUAAGAUGGAGCCGAGGAACCUGGCCAUCGUGUUUGGUCCGACUCUGGUGCGCACCACCGAGGACAACAUGACUCACAUGGUCACACACAUGCCCGACCAGUACAAGAUCGUAGAGACCCUCAUUCAGAAUUACAACUGGUUUUUCACUGAAGAGGGAAAUGGAGAACCAGCGACUGUGUCUUAUGAGAUGAGCGCCGUGCAGUCCCAGCCCAUCCCCAACAUCGACCACCUCCUCACCAACAUCGGGCGCACCGCCGCGUCGCAGGGGGAAGUAUCAGAUUCACCGAACAGUGACUCGGCUAAAUCAAAGGGUUCCUGGGGCUCAGGGAAGGACCGAGAGCUCCUGGUCUCCUCCAUCUUUGCUGCAGCCAGCCGCAAAAGAAAGAAGUCAAAGGAGAAGCCGCAGCCGAGCAGCUCAGAUGACGACCUGGACGCCGUGUUCCCCAAGAAGGAACUCCCUGGCCAGAAGCCCAACCACCAUCUCCAGGCCGAGGCCCCGAGCGAGACUCGCCCCGACGCCAAGCAGCAAGCCCCGGCCGAGGAGAGGAAGGAGAACGGGAGAACUGUGGAGCUGAUGCCCAAAGCCAAGAGAGAGCAUAGAAGCUCCUUGUUCCUGAAGGAGAAGACUCCGCCCCGCCACUCGUCUUCUUCAAUCUCGUCCCCGAUCAUCUGCGGCUCUCCGAACACCAGCCACCAGGCAGCUCCCCGAGGGAAGUCCUCCCUGUCCGAUCCUCCGUCUCAGCUGGACGAAAACACCUCGGACCUCGGGACCAUGAGCUCCGGAGCAUCGGUGCCUCGGUCGAGGCCCAAAAAGUGGUCUGGAGGAGCCCCCCCCGACCUGCCCCCAGGAGUGUGCAUGGGACAGGGAGGAGGUGCCGGCGCGUCCGUUGGCGCAGAGGUGAGCUCCAUCACCUCGGACUACUCCACCACUUCCUCCAUCACGUUCUUGACCGGCGCCGAGUCCAGUGCGCUCAGCCCGGAGCUGGCGGGCGGCGAGGAGGCGGACGACGAGCGCAGUGAGCUCAUCAGCGAGGGCCGGCCCAUGGAGACGGACAGCGAGAGCGACUUCCCGGUGUUCGCCCCGGGCGGCGGCAGCAGCCAGUCCACGCCGCGCCAGGAGCAGAGUCAGGAGAAGGCGGAGGCGAGAGAUGCAGCUGACGGAGGCGUCGGGCACAAACUGGAGGCACGCCGCCUCUUCCCGUCGCACAGGAUGAUCGAGUGCGAUACCCUCUCCAGACGCUGGUCGCUGAGGCAGAAGACAGACAGCGAGUCCUCCAUGGAGGGCGUAGCCGGGAGCGGGGAGCGCAGCAGCGGGAGGUCGGAGUCCUCCACCCGCUUGUCUCGGGUCCUGGAGGUGAUGAAGAAAGGCCGAUCCACCAGCAGCAUCAGCUCGUCUUCACGCAGCGAGUCGGAGCGCGCCGAACCAGCAUGGCACCUGAAAAUCACCGAGCGGCUCAAGCUUCGGAUACGAACAUCUGCUGACGACAUGUUCUCCCAGAAGAACCGAGCUCAGGAGGCUCGGGCCAAGAAGAAGAACAUCCGGCGGCGGCACACCCUGGGCGGGCAGAGGGACUUCGCAGAGCUGGCGGUCAUCAACGACUGGCGGGAGCAGGGCGGCGUGGACAAGGUGGCUGACCUCUCGCUGCUGGACCACCUCAAACCCAGAUGCUCCUCAGAGGACUUCUCCGUCCGGGACUGGAUCUCCAGGGAGCGCUGCCGAGGCUCCGAGCCGAACGUGGAGCUCGCACCCAAAGCCGAGCCUGAGGACGAUCCCGCAGAAGCUCAGGGCGUCGCUCCAGAAACAUCCCCGCCUCCUCUUCCUCCUCCUCCUCCUCCUCCUGCCGCCCUGGACGCUCAGCCGCCGGCGGGGGAGCAGGUGAACGGGGGGGGGCUGCCGGUGAAGAGCAAGGCGUCGCUCGGGGCGGACGCUCACCCUCACAAACUCUCUGGAGCUCAAGUCGUCCGCUCGCGGUUCUACCAGUAUCUGUGAGGACCGAACAGAAUGAAUGAGUGAAUGUGCGAAUGUGGUUAUUUGAGCGAAGGUUACUGCACAAUAUUUUUUUCUACAAAGUAAACUCUAUGUAUCUACUGUACAUACUGUGUAUAGGCCUACAUGAUUGUUACUGGAUUAAUGCUGAAGAGAUGUUUAUGUGUAUUUCCACUGACUCGUCGGCCAUACUGGGAAACAAGACACACGGAAAGAAGAGAAACAGACUUUUCCUCCUGAACUGGACUCGCGACAGAAUGUGACUUUGCCGUCCACGAGACGCUCAAGUGACGGAAUCGAACUCAUAAUGAAAAACGGUUACUGAAGAACGAGGGAGGAAACCUUUUAGAAAUAAGGAAUCUCGGUUCAGUACUUCCUCUUAUAAACGGUAUGAAGAAUGUAUUACUCGCUCCUUUUCUCUCUGGACUAACACUAGUUGCUUGUGACAUUAUUGUCAUUUUUAAAACGACGUGUAUGUAUUUUUUUUUGAAUUUUUUUUGCCUGUACUUGAAGUCUGUGGGUUUAGUGGACGGCUGCUUUCUGAGCUCGGUGCUGUGGGAAGUUUGUGUUUUUUUUUUUUUCACAGCACGGUCACAACAGCCAGAUAUGAGCUCGGAGGGUUAUUAUAGUUUUAUCAAAUAAAGACUGAAAAAAACAUUAACGAAAAAAAUACUGUUACUAUAGUAUGUAAUGCUCGGUGCAGUAGUUUUUAAUUUCCAAACUUUGUCAAGGUAUAGUCCAAAAGAAAAACUUUUUACAUGUGUUUUUAUCUCGAAAAGAAAAAAGUGCCUCUUUUUGUUUUUCUUUUUUAACAGUUUUUACCAACAAAAAGUUUAGGAGGAGAAUAUUUCACAGGCAUUCCACAGGUUCUUCUGUUUCUUCCUGUUCAAACUCAUUUCUAGUUCAUGUCAGUGUUUGUUUCUCUUCGACUUCAACACCUUCACUUGUUUAUUCACGUGCAGUUCAAAUGCGUUUUUUCAAACCCGAGAGGAAAAAGGACAACAAAACAAAAAAAAGAGAAAGGAACUGCAUGAGACAAUGUUUGAUGAACAUCUGGCCUGUGUACAGCAGAACAUGGUGCGAUGCCCCCC